GAGUUUUAUAAAUAUUUGUUUACUUGUUAUUAUUGCUAAAAUCUAAUUGAUUGUUAUUCAAUAUAAUUAAACAUUCUAAUUGUCAAAUAAAAUUAUUUUCUUAUUUUUAUAAUAAUACAUGAAUUAUAUUAUAAUAAUUUUAUAUAUAUUUUUAUAAUAAAUCAAUUUAUAUAAAUAAUAUAUUUAAUGCUAUCACAAUUUUUGAAUUGAGGUUAGGUUACUUUACAUAAGUUGCUAAGUUGGCAAAUCAUGAGUCUUCCAGUUGAUGAAUUACAUGUUAAAGAAAAAAUAUCAGAAUAUGAUUAUGACAUAAAAUUGAUUCAGUGUUCCCCGGUUGCUUGUAAGAUUGGAGCAUCUGCUUUUGUCGCAGGAUCUAUCUUGACUCCAUUAAUUUUAAAACGUUUGAGAUUUUUAAAAACAACAUUUAUUGUUAGAGUUGCUGCAGGUUUAUUUGCUGGUAUACCAUCAGGAUAUUUUGCUGCAAAAGAAACAAGAGAUCGUUGUAUGUGUAGUGUUAAAAAUAAUUAUCAAAUUGAAUAGAUUAUUUAUUAUCAAAUAAAUAUGUCGAUACUACAAAAAUUGUGGCAUAUUAAUAAAUAUGUACCUGCUAAAUUUGUAAAAUCAAAUUUAUUUAGUUUAAAAAACAACAAUACAUUAAAAUCAUGUGUAAUUACUAAAAGAUUAAUUCACAAUGAGCAAGAUGAUUAUGAUGAAAAUCCAAAUAAGAUUGAUAUUGAUGCUGGAUAUACAGAGAUAUUAACACAAUUUAUAAAUCCAUCAAUAUCUGGCCACAAAACAUUGGUCAUUCAACCAUAUAUUAAAUGGGGUAAAAAUAAAAAAACAAUAACAAGUCCAGAUUUACAAUUAAAUGAAGCAGUUGCACUUGUUAAAACAUUACCAAAAUGGACAGUUACUGAUUCAAUGUGUAUAUCAAUGAUGACAUUAAAAAAAGAUUAUAUAUUUGGUAAAGGAAAUUUAGAUAUGUUAACAAAAAAAAUACGUUCAAAUAGUAAAAUAACAGCUGUAUUUAUAAGUAUGAAUUUAUUAAGACCAAUACAAAUUAAAGAUUUACAAGAACUUUUUGGUGUACCAGUAUAUGAUAGAUAUUCAAUUGUAAUACAAAUAUUUCGUGUACAUGCUAAAACAACUGAAGCAAAAUUACAAGUUGCAUUAGCUGAAUUACCAUAUAUUUGGACAAAAUUAAAUUGGACUGCUGAGGAUAGUGGUGGUAGAAUUAAUUUAUCUGAAAGUCGUAGAAUGAUAUUACACAGUAGAGAAUCAAAAUUAAAAAAUUCAUUAAAAAAACUAAAAGAACAUAGAAAAUUAAUAAGACAACAUAGAAAAAAUCUUGAUAUUCCAUCAGUUGCUGUUGUUGGUUAUACAAAUGCUGGUAAAACAUGUUUAAUAAAAGCUCUAACUGGUGAUGCAUCAUUAACACCAGAAAAUAAAUUAUUUGCAACAUUAGAUACAACUGCACAUGAGGGUAUUUUACCAUGUAAAUUAAAAAUACUAUAUGUUGAUACUAUUGGUUUUAUUCAAGAUAUACCAGAAGGACUUAUUGAGCCAUUUGUUGCAACAUUUGAAGAUGCUAUUCUUUCGGAUGUUAUUGUUCAUGUUUAUGAUGCUAGUCAUCCAGAUAAACAUGCACAAGUUAUUCAUGUCAAGGAAACAUUGACUAAAAUAAUGUCUGAAUUACUUGAUGAAGAAAAACCAGUUAUUGAAGUUGCAAACAAGUGUGAUUUAAUACCAGCUGGUACUGUCUCUGAAGAUAUUUUAACUGUAUCAUCAACACAAUCACAUGGUAUUGAUUUAUUGAGAAAUGAAAUACAAAAAAAACUUCUGUCUGUGACAGGACGACAAUCAGUGACAAUUAGGGUUAAAUCAGGAAGUUCAAUAGCAUCAUGGCUUUACAAAGAAACUACUGUUGUUAAUGCUGAACCAGAUGAAAAAGAUUUACAGUACAUACUCAUGAGUGUUAUUGCAACUGAACAUCAAAUGCACAAGUUUAGAAAAUUUUUGAAAAAUAAUAAAUAAAUGAAAAUAAAAUUUCUUUUUUUUUUAUUGUUAUUGCAAUUGAUGUAAAUUAAUGUUGGCAUAUAUGAUGUUUAAUAAAAAACAAGAAAUUUGUAUA